AUGAUCCAUACAUUCCUUGUUUCUACCUGCUAUACUUGUUUGUACAUUGGAUCCCUAUACAUCUUUGCAGUAGGAAGACCAAAGCCUGGUUUGGUUCGUAAUAAUCCAAAUGUUGUUUUGGCACGAUGCAUUGGAGUAAUCAUUGCGUCUUUUCUAUCUUGUUUCUUUACAAAUUGGUUAUGUAAUAUUAAUCCCCUUGUUUCUUUCGAUUUCAAACAGACUGUAAAAUGCCUGUUGCAUGUAGGAAUCCUAUUUUUGGGGCCAUUAUAUCAGACGAUCUUCAUUGACAAAUUGUACAAGGACUGUAUAGAAUAUCUAUUUUUUGAAAUUAGGAAUUUAGCGACUUGGCGGAACCUAGUUAUUGGGCCUCUAUCAGAAGAGGUAAUGUUUCGCUGUGCCAUGAUUCCUUUAUUUGAAAGAGCAAACUACUCUCGGAAAGAAACCAUCCUCUCGGCGCCCUUUCUCUUCGGGUUUGCUCACUUUCAUCAUUCCUACGAACUUUUGCUGAGUUACCCGGGAGCAUAUGUGAUUGCAAUGGUACAAUUCCUAGUGCAAUUCUUCUACACAACAUUAUUUGGAUGGUAUAGCACGUAUGUAUUUCUACAGACUCAUAGCUUAUGGCCUACAUUUCUAAUUCACUCUUUUUGCAACUUUAUGGGAUUGCCCGUAUUUUACGGAAGAAUUGGAACAACUUUUCAGACGACUAUCUACUAUACUCUACUAAUCACCGGCCUCUUUCUUUUUGUCAUUACCUGGAAUAUGUUUUAUUCGUAA